AUGCAAGCUGAAUCCACACCGAAGUCUCAAGCUAUACAAAGUUUCGGUGCUAGUAAAGAAGCGAAGCAAGGUACUUCACGAACGGCUACGCCAAAAGCAACAACGUCUACUUGCUACAUGCAGCUUGGAGACGAGGCUUUCAAAGGUGGACCAGUGGAUACAGUGUUCAAAACUGCACCAAAUGUCGAACUUAUCUUCUGUUAUGAAAUGGAUGAUCAAGCACCGGGAUACUAUUAA